AUGGCUCCCACUGUUGCUAUACCUUUCACUGUUUUUGUUGCUAUGGCUCCCACUGCUGUUAUACCUCCCAUUGUUGCUAUACCUCCCACUGUUACUAUACCUCCUACUGUUGUUAUACCUCCCACUAAUGCUAUACCUCCCACUGUUGUUAUGGCUCCCACUGUUGCUAUGGCUCCCACUGUUGUUAUAGCUCCCACUGUUGCUCUACCUCCCACUGUUGCUAUGGCUCCCACUGUUGCAAUACCUCUCACUGUUGCUAUGGCUCCCACUGUUGCUAUACCUCCCACUGUUGCCAUGCCUCCCACUGUUGCCAUGCCUCCCACUGUUGCCAUGCCUCCCACUGUUGCCAUGCCUCCCACAUUUGCCAUGACUCUCAAUGUUCCUAUGGCUCCCACUGUUGCUAUGACUUCCACUGUUGCUCUUUCGCCCACUGUUGCUAUGGCUCCCACUGUUGCAAUACCUCCCACUGUUCCUAUACCUUCCACUGUUGCUAUGGCUCCCACUGGUGCUAUGGCUCCCACUGUUGUUAUACCUCCCACUGUUACUAUAACUCCCACUGUUCCUAUGGCUCCCACUGUUGCUAUGGGUCCCACUGUUGCUAUGGGUCUCACUGUUGCUAUACUUCCCACUGUUGCUAUAACUCCUACUGUUGCUAUGGCUCCUACUGUUGUUAUACCUCAUACUGUUGCUAUGGCUCUCACUGUUGUUAUGGCUCCCUCUGUUGCUAUGCCUUCCACUGUUGCUAUACCUCCCACUAUUGCUACCUCUCCCACUCUCCCCACUGUUGCUAUACCUCCAACUGUUGCUAUGGCUCCCACUGUUGCUAUUCCUCCCACUUCUGCUAUACCUCCCACUGUUGCUGUACCUCCUACUGUUGUUAAGGCUCCCACUGUUGCUAUACCUCUUACUGUUGCUAUACCUCCCACUGUUGUGAUAGCUCCCACUGUUGCUAUACCUCCCACUGUUACUAUACCUCCCUCUGUUGCUAUACCUCACACUGUUGCUAAACCUCUCACUGUUGUCAUGGCUCCCACUGUUGCUAUGCCUCCCACUGGUUCUAUACCUCCCACUGUUGCUAUACUUCCUACCGUUGCUUUACCUCACACUGUUGUUAUGGCUCCUACUGUUGCUAUUCCUCUCACUGUUGCUAUUCCUCCCACUGUUGCCAUACCUCCCACUGUUGCUAUACCUCCCACUGUUGCUAUACCUCCCACUGUUGCUAUACCUCCCACUGUUACAAUACCUCCCACUGUUGCUACGCCUCCCAAUGUUGCUAUACCUCCCACUGUUGCUAUACCUCCCACUCCUGCUAUACCUCCCACUGUUGCUAUACCUCCCACUGUUGUUAUACCUCCCACUGUUGCUAUACCUCCCACUGUUGCUAUACCUCCCACUGUUACAAUACCUCCCACUGUUGCUACGCCUCCCAAUGUUGCUAUACCUCCCACUGUUGCUAUACCUCCCACUCCUGCUAUACCUCCCACUGUUGCUAUACCUCCCACUGUUGUUAUACCUCCCACUGUUACAAUACCUCCCACUGUUGCUAUACCUCCCACUGUUACAAUACCUCCCACUGUUGCUAUACCUCCCACUGUUACAAUACCUCCCACUGUUGCUAUACCUCCCACUGUUGUUAUACCUCCCACUGUUACAAUACCUCCCACUGUUGCUGUAGCUCCCACUGUUGUUAUGGUGCCCACUGUUGCUGUAGCUCCCACUGUUGUUAUGGUGCCCACUGUUGCUGUAGCUCCCACUGUUGUUAUGGUGCCCACUGUUGCUGUAGCUCCCACUGUUGUUAUGGUGCCCACUGUUGCUGUAGCUCCCACUGUUGUUAUGGUGCCCACUGUUGCUGUAGCUCCCACUGUUGUUAUGGUGCCCACUGUUGCUGUAGCUCCCACUGUUGUUAUGGUGCCCACUGUUGCUGUAGCUCCCACUGUUGUUAUGGUGCCCACUGUUGCUGUAGCUCCCACUGUUGUUAUGGUGCCCACUGUUGCUGUAGCUCCCACUGUUGUUAUGGUGCCCACUGUUGCUGUAGCUCCCACUGUUGCUAUGGGUCCCACUGCUACUAUACCUUCCUCUGUUGAUAUACCUCCCACUAUUUUUAUGGCUCCCACUGUUGCUGUAGCUCCCACUGUUGUUAUGGUGCCCACUGUUGCUGUAGCUCCCACUGUUGCUAUGGGUCCCACUGCUACUAUACCUUCCUCUGUUGAUAUACCUCCCACUAUUUUUAUGGCUCCCACUGUUGCUGUAGCUCCCACUGUUGUUAUGGUGCCCACUGUUGCUAUGGCUCCCACUGUUGCUAUGCAUCCCACUGUUGCUAUACCUUUCACUGUUUUUGUUGCAAUGGCUGUUCCUAUUGCUCCCACUGCUCUCCCCACUGUUGCUAUACCUCCAACUGUUGCUAUGGCUCCCACUGUUGCUAUUCCUCCCACUUCUGCUAUACCUCCCACUGUUGCUGUACCUCCUACUGUUGUUAAGGCUCCCACUGUUGCUAUACCUCUUACUGUUGCUAUACCUCCCACUGUUGUGAUAGCUCCCACUGUUGCUAUACCUCCCACUGUUACUAUACCUCCCUCUGUUGCUAUACCUCACACUGUUGCUAAACCUCUCACUGUUGUCAUGGCUCCCACUGUUGCUAUGCCUCCCACUGGUUCUAUACCUCCCACUGUUGCUAUAAUUCCUACCGUUGCUUUACCUCACACUGUUGUUAUGGCUCCUACUGUUGCUAUUCCUCUCACUGUUGCUAUUCCUCCCACUGUUGCCAUACCUCCCACUGUUGCUAUACCUCCCACUGUUGCUAUACCUCCCACUGUUGCUAUACCUCCCACUGUUACAAUACCUCCCACUGUUGCUACGCCUCCCAAUGUUGCUAUACCUCCCACUGUUGCUAUACCUCCCACUCCUGCUAUACCUCCCACUGUUGCUAUACCUCCCACUGUUGUUAUACCUCCCACUGUUGCUAUACCUCCCACUGUUGCUAUACCUCCCACUGUUACAAUACCUCCCACUGUUGCUACGCCUCCCAAUGUUGCUAUACCUCCCACUGUUGCUAUACCUCCCACUCCUGCUAUACCUCCCACUGUUGCUAUACCUCCCACUGUUGUUAUACCUCCCACUGUUACAAUACCUCCCACUGUUGCUAUACCUCCCACUGUUACAAUACCUCCCACUGUUGCUAUACCUCCCACUGUUACAAUACCUCCCACUGUUGCUAUACCUCCCACUGUUGUUAUACCUCCCACUGUUACAAUACCUCCCACUGUUGCUGUAGCUCCCACUGUUGUUAUGGUGCCCACUGUUGCUGUAGCUCCCACUGUUGUUAUGGUGCCCACUGUUGCUGUAGCUCCCACUGUUGUUAUGGUGCCCACUGUUGCUGUAGCUCCCACUGUUGUUAUGGUGCCCACUGUUGCUGUAGCUCCCACUGUUGUUAUGGUGCCCACUGUUGCUGUAGCUCCCACUGUUGUUAUGGUGCCCACUGUUGCUGUAGCUCCCACUGUUGUUAUGGUGCCCACUGUUGCUGUAGCUCCCACUGUUGUUAUGGUGCCCACUGUUGCUGUAGCUCCCACUGUUGUUAUGGUGCCCACUGUUGCUGUAGCUCCCACUGUUGUUAUGGUGCCCACUGUUGCUGUAGCUCCCACUGUUGUUAUGGUGCCCACUGUUGCUGUAGCUCCCACUGUUGCUAUGGAUCCCACUGUUGCUGUAGCUCCCACUGUGGCUAUGCUGCCCACUGUUGCUCUAGCUCCCACUGUUGUUAUGGUGCCCACUGUUGCUGUAGCUCCCACUGUUGUUAUGGUGCCUAUACUGUUGAUGUAG